AUGUCAUACAACAAUGAUGAGCAAGCUCGCCGGGCUCAGGCUGCCCAGAACGCUCAGUGGGCUAGCAACCGCAGUCAGCCACAAAACUCUUAUCCCUACCAAACCGGCACUUUCUCGAAUCCAGAUGAGCCCAUAAUUCACACAGUAGAAGAGCCUUCAAUGAAUCUUUUGAACAGUCCUAGCAGUCAUUCUAUACCCGGGCUGCCACAUAACCCAGCUCCUCUGCCAAGGAGGUAUCAGAAUCCCGCUCGACAACAAGAUUUGCGUAGGACAGCUUUGGAAAACGAUGCUUAUAAUCAGGGGCAAAGCUCUCGAGGACCCCCAAAUGCCGGUUAUGGAGCACAGCCUCCCAGCUACUAUGAACAAGCCCCUCCGAAUCCGAGAUCUGGGCCCAGGGACAGCUCUCAAGGAUAUCCAGGUGUCGUUUCUAGUGCACAGCCUUCCAACUACUACCCUCAAGCCCCUCCUAACUUGAGAUCUGGACCUAGUGGCAGCUCUCAAGGAUAUCCAGGUGUCGGUUCUAGCGUGCAGUCUUCCAACUACUAUCCUCAAGCCCCUUCGACAACAGGACCUGAACCGAUUGGCAGUCAAAUAGCCGAAACGCGCACAAAUGAACCUAUGUCCAAUCCUGCAAAUUAUCAACAAGGCAAGAAGAAAAGGAAGAAGAGAGAAUUAGUAACGAGAAGUGUCCGCGGGACAAUCGCCCCGUUGCCCCAGGAAGGAAAUAUUGUCGAGAAUGCCUGA